AUGGUCGUCGACUACAUACCCCACUACACCUGCAUCCCCUCCUCUGUCGCCGGUGUCCAGCACAUUGUCAGAUUUGCACGCGACCACGACAUGUCUGUCCGCUGUGCGGGCUUCCGCCACUCCUGGGCGCCCAUCUUUGGCCGCCAGGGGCAAAUCACCAUCUCUCUCCUCUCCCUGGCGGAGGCUACCAGAAUUCCUAAUUUCACCGCCAUGGCCAAAGCCCUGCCGGAGUGGCUGUUUCGCAAGACCGAGCUGCAAACGCUGGAAGUAGUCUCUGGCACGCCACGAGUCAAAGGCAAUGUGCUUGUCAGAAUUGGCGCCAGCGCGACAAAUGAGCAGCUGAGGCGGUGGUGCAUCGAGAAUAAAAAGUACUCGUACCCGCUUAAUGUGAUUAUGGUGGAGAUGACGGUCGGGGGGACGAAUGCACCUAUUUGUCACGGGGCUGGGAGAAGACAUCAGACUUUGAGCGACCUGGUCAGGAAGGUGGAAUACGUCGACUGCAACGGGAAGCUUCAAGCUGUCGAUGACUCGAGACUUCUCCGGGCGGCGGCGGGGUGCUUUGGUCUCAUGGGUGUCGUAACCCAUCUCACGCUGGAGUUUGAACCCAUGAGCUACGCGCUGAUGAAGCCGGAGAAGAUCCCUGUUUUGAGGGCUGUUCCUCCGCCGGAUGAUAUGGCUAUGGAUAAGAUUCCCCCUGCUUUGAGACUGCCGAACUGGGCGCCGGAGCAGAGGGCGGCCGACAUCAAGAGGUUUGAAGAGUUGGCGACGAAUGGGUUCUACUCGGAGUGGUUCUGGUUUCCGUACUCGGAUUUGUGCUGGGUUAACUGCUGGGAUGCGACUGCUGACCCAUCCAGAACUGAGGAUUACCCCUCGAAUGCGCAGACGUUCUUCAUGUUCAUCAGCCAGUUCACGAUGAACGUGCUGCAGAAUGCAAAGAUAUUGAACGAGCUGGUCGAGAAGUUGCAUAUGGACGAGGCAGCGGUGACGCUCAUCUCCAAAGCGGCAAUGUUUACUCUUCCGGCUUGGGACGAGCCGGUCAAGACCUACCUGCCGGAUGCGUUGCACUUCCAGAGAGGGAUUCAGAACGUCAGGGUGUUGGAUGUGGAGGUUGAGAUUCCGCUUCAACCAUCGGAAACUGAUCCCUCGAAGCCUGACUAUGCGGUUGUCAGAAGGGCGUGGUGGGAUGCUAUUUUGACCUGUUAUGCCCACAGCAGUAAGGGGUGCCCGCAGAGGAUGCCGCUUGAAAUGAGGAUCAUGGGGGGCAGUGAUAUCGUCAUGGCCCCUCAGAAGGGGAACAAGCUGGGAACGUGUGCCAUUGAGGUGCUGACGCUGGAGGCGGCGAAGAAUUUCUGGGUGCCCUAUGCGGAAGAGGUGGUUGGGAAGUGGUUGUCCUACUGUGAUAGGGGAGGGAAGAAGAUCAACACGAGACCUCACUGGGCAAAGCAGUGGGAUGGGAUCAAUGUUGACGGGAAGCCCUGGGUGGAGAAGAUGAAGGGAGAGGAUUACAGGUUGGAAAAGGAGGAGUUUAAGGAGCUGUUGGCUGAGAUUGGAAGGAAGCAUGGCUGGUCAUUGAAGGACUUGAAGAGGAGGUUUUCGAACGACUUUUUUGAUGCCUUUUACUUUGAUAACAUCUAG